CUUUGUGAGCAAAUAUGGAAACUAUGGAAAGUCCUGUCCUCAUAGAUGCCCCAGCAAGAGACACAUCUGUGAAGAUCUCGUACAGGUCGCUUCCUCAGAAAGUAAGCCUGGCUAGAGCAGCAUUCGAAGACGGCUCGAACUGAUCACGACUUGGAGACGCAAUUGCUCAUCCUGAUGCUGGCCCGGUUUACUGAUUCUCUAGCCGCAUCCUCAAUUCAUGCGUAUAUGUAUUUCCAACUCAAGCAUUUCAGUCCCGAUGCACCAGCAGCAAUUAUAGCCACGCAGUGCGGUGUUUUGGUCGGUUGCAAGACCAGCGCGCACGUCUGCACAGGUCUUGUGUGGGGACGACUAGCCGAUCAGGUGUUGACUAGUAGAAAAGUCGUGUUAGUAUUUGGCUUGCUAGCUUCGAGUCUAGCGACCAUAGGUUAUGGCUUCUCGACGACAUUUCGCCAGGCCGUUGCCUGGCAGAUGCUGGAUGGCGCAUUGAACGCAACUGUAGCAAUGGUAAGAUGCAUGACUGCAGAGCUCAAUCCUGAGAAGGAGUCCCGUGUAAGAGCGUUCACACUGCUGCCACUGUUCGCGAACAUAGGCUCGCUUUUAGGUCCGUUGAUAGGAGGCUUCCUGACUUAUGCCAAUUCGAAGCGUAGUAUCGUCCCUGGAUACCCUUAUGCUAUGCCAAAUGUAUGCAUUGCGACCAAUCAAGCUCUUGUGGCUAUCACUGCGAUGUUACGUCUCACCGACACAUUCCAUCGAUCGGUUACGGAUCACAACAACAGUUUUGAACCUCCGGAGGCUACAUCCGAACGUACAUCCGAUGAGGACGUUGACGAAACUACUGCACUUCUGCAAGAGUCCCCGAGUAGUAGCCAUCUCGUUAAAUCACAAAAUGCGUCCAGCCAGCAUGAACAUUUACCGUUCACCGAGAUCUGGACUUCAAAUGUCGUGAGGACUAUGUUCGCGCAAUUCAUCAUCUCUGGUCAUUUGGGAACAUUCGCUACCCUGUGGGCCAUGUUACUCAGCCUGCCAGUUGCAGCCGCGAAGCUGCAGCAUUUACCUUUUCAGUUCUCAGGAGGGCUGGGCCUGCAACCACACACCGUAGGUAUUGCUAUGUCUGCAUUUGGGUUUACAGGCAUAGUCUUGCAAGUCCUUGUUUACCCAAGUUUGCAGGAAAGAUGGGGAACGAUUAAAGUUUGGAGAGCAGCGCUUUGCCUCUUUCCCGUCGUAUACUUCGUUGCACCAUUCUGCGCUUUCGUCCCUGGGCUCAAGAAAGAUAUGAGCGGAACGGUUUCUGGCGCAUACACAAUCGUUGAGUGGUUCACGUUGCUGAGUGUCUUACUCCUUUUUGCCGCCGGUCGGACAGGAGUCGUGCCUGCUACCAGUCUGUUGAUAAACGAUUGUACACCUCACUCCAGUGUACGUGGGACCAUUCACACCACAGGCGUGAUCUGCAGCAACCUCAGCAAAUCAAUCUUCCCUCCGAUGGCGCUAGCAGUGAUGGGCUUUGGAUUGCGAAUUGGUGUCGUAGGCUUGGGCUUUUGGUUCGUGGCGGUAUUGGCAGUGUUGAGCAUCCUGGCCAGCCUUAGAGUUCACGAAGGCAGGAACGGACGAUAAGCUGCACAUGUUGGGUUCUCGAUAUAAAUUCGAUGAUUUGGAAGACUUUUUACGCUCGAGUUCGACAUUACAAUUCUACUACACGCGUUUUAUAGCCUCCUUUUGAUACUAAAGGUUGCCGGUGGUCACCUUCCCAUGUCACCUACCUUCUACCUAGCUCUCAGUUGGUCGGAAUACCCGGAAUCAAGGUCCGUUCUUUGCAACAAUACGACAACGCUAAACUACAUGAUAAAAAGUACUACAAAGACAAACAUACUAGUAGACGUAUACAAACAGCACGUAAAGCGUAGGAAUUUACAGGGUUUCUA